UUUGCCUGCCAAGAUAGCCCCAGCUACAGCCAGACGGCAGUCGUACACUCGCAAACCCUACCACUCUCGAACGCCCAACUAAACCAGAGCACAUCUGCCCAUCAUGCCGCCCAAAGCCAAGAAGGAAGACAAGACCUUUGGUAUGAAAAACAAAAACAAGUCUGCCAAGGUACAAAACUAUAUCAACACUGUCAACAAGCAGCAAGAGAAUGCCGGAAAGAACAAGGCCGAUAGACAAAAGGAGAAGGAAAGGGAAAAGGCUGCCGAGGCCAAGGCCGCUGUUGCUGCCAGGAAGAAGAUGGAGGCGGCUCUUGCCGGACCUGCCCAAGUCCAAAAGAUCCCCUUCGGUACCGACCCCAAGACCGUUCUUUGUGCCUACUUCAAGGCGGGUCACUGUGAGAAGGGAAACAAAUGCAAGUUCUCGCACGACAGGAAUGUGGAGCGAAAGGUUGAAAAGAUCAACCUGUACGCCGACACGCGAACAGAAAAGGACAAGGCGGACACUAUGGACACUUGGGACGAGGCCAAGCUCCGUGACGUUGUCAACCAGGGUGAGGGCAGACAGAAAAAUGCUACGGAUAUCGUCUGCAAGUACUUUAUCCAGGCUAUUGAGGACAAGAAGUAUGGUUGGUUCUGGGAAUGUCCUAACGGCGGAGACAAAUGCAUGUACCGACACGCCCUUCCUCCCGGUUUCGUCCUGAAAGCCGACAAGAAGAAGCAAGACGAAGCCAACAAGAAGGAAACAAUAUCCCUCGCCGACUUUAUCGAAGUCGAGCGACACAAGCUCAAGCUCCCCCUCACCCCCGUCACGCCCGAAUCGUUCGCCAAAUGGAAGACGAACCGUAUCGAGAAGAAGAAGGCUGAGGGCGAGGCGUUGGAGAAGGCCAAGGCCGCCCAGCGAGCUGCGGGCAAGAUGGCGGGUAUGACGGGUAAAGACAUGUUUGACUUUGGAGGAGAGCUUUACGCCGACUUUGAGGAGGCUGAUGAAGGGGAGGAUGAUUGGGAUAUCUCGCGAAUGUUGGCUCGCUACCGUGAGGACGAGAACGCAUACGCCUUCGACCCCACCAAGGGCCAGUUUGUCAAUGAGCGGACUGGUGAGGUGGUGGACGAUGAGACUGUGAAAGAAGCGACUAGGUUGCUAGAAGAGGCCAAGAUCCAGAAGGCCGACAAUGAGGCAAACGCGGCGCUUGAGGCUGCAGACGCUUAAGAAGAGAAUGUAUGAAGGGGCGUUCUUGCAUGAUAUCAUCUGUCUAGUCUUCCGCUUGAGCCAGCGAUGUAUCCCUAAUCCAUUUAUCUUGUUUUGAAAACCGUGAGCAAGUGUGGUUUCGCGCACAGAUCUCAUUGAAAAAAG